GGAGGUUCCUUAUCUACAGGCCACAGGCAGCUUUUGAGGCUCUUAUCAGCAGCCACCAUAUUCUACUAGCACAUCCUCUUGUCCAGCAGGGAGCGGAAAACUCUCCUUGCAACAUGGCUCCCUCUCUCUCCCCCCUUCUCCCUCUCUCUCUCCCCUCACCCUCCUCUCUCCCACCUCACACUCGCCAGUUCCAGACCUCUCCGACUGGCAACCAGCGAAAGCAUUGUGUCUCCUUGGCGAGGAGAGUGCGAGAAGGCAGAGAUAGACAGGACAGGGAAAAAGAGAGAGAGGGAGAGAGAGAGAAGGGGGGGCGGGAGGGGGGAGAAUGACAUAAGGACAGAGGUGGAGGCAGAGAACAUCUCCACACUUUGAGUGCGUCUUCAUUCUAAGGAGCAACUUCUCAUGAAAAAUAAAUAUGCGUUUGGACAACGCUUUCUAAUCAAACUUAAGUUCUUUGUGAAUAGUUGGGACUUUAUCUUCUGAAGAGUGUUUUAAAUGGUGUCAGACAGAUCUGACCUCAGACACUGACAGGCUGCAGUGGAGUGUGAGCGACCUGAAGAAGAAGAAGAAGAAGAAGAAGAAGAAGAAGAAGAAGAAGAAGAAGAAGAAGAAGAAGAAGAAGAAGAAGAAGAAGAAGAAGAAGGAGGAGGAGGAGGAGGAAGAGGAGGAGGGCCUGAAACACUGAGGAGAUACAACAUGUGCGUUCUUAGAUCACUUAAACUCUGAUGGAUUUUGCAUGACAGACAGACGAGCCGCACCGGUUAUCAUAAUGAAUCUACUCUUUAAAAUCAACCCAAUCUUCGGCGGUCUGGGACAUUUUUAACGCUGCAAAGGAUUUUUGACCCACAUCCUUUAAAAUCCACACCAACAGACGGACUCAUUGAGAGCAGCCACGAGAGACGUCACGUUCACAACCUGGAAUCUGCUGCUCAGGAUGCUCUGUGAGAAAAAUCCACUCAAAAUCCGACCGCGUCGACCACACCGGCUCCGCGCUGCACCCAUAGACGACACCGCAGGAGAAGCCCUCCAUUAGACACUGCAAGGACUGCAACGUUUCGGUCACCCUCACCCUCUGAGACGUUGAAGUGAGGGAAUGAAUACAGGCUCACGUUUCCUCACGCUCUAGAUACAGCCAGCAAAAGAUGGGUCAUAAGGCUGGGUCAGAGGGCCGCUGGAGCACAUGGAGUCUGGACUGACGACUCUCAUAGUGACCCUGGCAACGAUAACUAAAGGAUUUCAGGUUGAUCAAAAAGAAAAUCUAUUGAGGAGCAGCUAAAUAUUGUGUAAUCUGCAGGAAAGUGGAGCUAGGGAGAAGGAAAUAAAAGAGUUUAAAGGAAAAGACACGUUCACCUGUUUAGAAAAGGUGUAAAGACUUCUGUAGGACGAGCUGCAGGUGGUACACGUUGCUUACUCUCACACACGGAUAAAAGACACAGUGACUCACACGCUGGGCAGCGGGGGAUUCGCCACCAUGAUGGAGAAGCUGAACCCCACCGGCCCACCUGCCUCGCCCCCCGACCUACCUCGCCCCUUCUCCUCCUCAUCCUCGUCCUCCUCGUCCUCCGCCUCCUCUCCAUCCUUUGUCUCCGUGGAGCAUGACAGUCUCCUCCACAACAAGACCGUGGCAUCCUCAGGCGCCAUCAUCAGCCUGUGUCCCGCUAACAAGACGGGGCACAAGGGACGCACGGAUGUCCCCUCUGCUGGCUCGAUUCAGUCCCCCAUUGCCUCGGCGACGGCGUUAACCGGUCACCACGCAGACUCAGCUGCUGCACCUGAGCCCAUCGUCAUGGAGACCGGAAAGGAGGAGGAGAACCAAAAAGGACCAAAGAGCACCACAGUCCCGGCUGCCUCCGCCAAUGGGUCCCCGACUCUUUCCCCUCCACCUCCGCUCCUCCCGGCGCCUGCCAAGACCUCAACGUGCCCCGUACCGCCUCUGACCUCCAAAGCCUCCUUCUCUUUGUGCUCAUCAUCCUCUCCUCUUCCUCCACACAUUCCAGUCAUCAGCCUCGGUCACAGCAAACCCCCUCUGCCACUCCCCAAUACCCCUUUGACUGCCCUCCACCCGAUACCCAACCUCCUACACGGGCCCCACGGGGACCUUCGCCGCAGUCAGCGGACCUGUUUGCCCAUUGUUGACCUCGGAGCUUCUGGGUCUUCUGUAGCUUCUGGGGGCCCCUCAGCUCCCUCCCUGGGACCCCUGUUGCCUCAACAGUACCUGUCUGCACACCCCUUCUUCACCAGUUCUUUCCUGAGUCCCUCGGGAGGAAACUACGGCGUCAUCAGCAGCAGCCGCAUCAAGAGAAGACCCUCGUCACACUUUGAGAUGGAGAUCAAUGACUGCCCUGCUCACUCAGACAGUGAUUAUGUGUGUCUAACAGGCCCUCCUCAGAAAAUCGCUCGCCGUGUCUUCACCAACAGUCGUGAACGCUGGCGACAGCAAAACGUGAACGGGGCUUUCUCCGAGCUGAGGAAGCUCAUUCCCACACAUCCACCCGACAAGAAGCUCAGCAAGAACGAGAUCCUCCGUCUGGCUGUCAAAUACAUCAACUUCUUGGUCACGCUGCUCAACGACCAGGCCCAGGACCAGGGCGGGGACUCGGCUGAGGACGAGGACGAGAGAGCCGCGGCCGGGUUGGACAGUAAUAAACAGAACCGUCUUUUUCAGUGCGACACCCCUCCUCCGUCCCACGCCACCACGCCACCCUCGGCCCGUCCCGCCUCACUCCGCAGAGACAGAGACUCAACCGACUCGGUCAUUGCUCUGGCUAACUCCCCGGCCACAUCCAGUUGCUAUGGCGACACGGAGAGUGAGGAGAGCUUCGGGGCUAAGACCUCUUUGGUGACCAACGGCAUUCUGGGAAAGGUCAAGGGUCAGAUAAGGAUGGUGGCAGCCACAAAUGAUGAGCGGUGACACCAGAAGACGGCGAACAGAGAUGUGUUAAUGUCACGGUGACGGACAGGACACGCCGUUAUCGCUACACACCCAAAGUGUUUGAGGAACAAUUGUGAUUUUCUCUUCAACUUCCACGUAUAAUGAAAUAGGUAGGGGGUGGAUGUUCGGAGACAUCUUUGUCUCGAUGUCUUUUUCAAGCGUAUCUGUGCUGCGGGGCAAGUUGAGAGGCACGAAACCUCACAGAACACUCAAAAAGACUCGAAACGCAUUCUAUAUCCAAAUAAGGUCACAAUGUUCCUUUGUCAAACAUUACAUGUCUAACAAUGCCAAUGAACGCGGUGAAUUAUGCAAAACAGGAACAGAACAGAAGAAAUACACGUACACACGUUAAAUCUCUCACAAGAGGGUCAAACACCAGAUGUCUUAUUGUUGUGGUCUGAAUGCAGACUCAUACAUGUAAAGAAUCCGCAUGGCCCCAGUACCAUUAUGGGGACGACUGUAGAAUGCUCUGCAAAGUUUCCAGUUUUCAAUGUCAUUGUCAGAGAGGCGAGGCAGAUGGUACCGCCCCUCACAUUGUGACACACUUGUGCCAGACAGAAAUAAAGUGCGUUUUAGUUUGCUGUUCCUUA